AUGUCGUUGCAUAGCUAUUUGAAUAAGACGUAUGGAUCCUCUUCUAGUGGGAAAGUGCAGAAAAAACCAAAGAAUGGAGCAAAGAAAAAGAGUAAUGCAUUGAAUAUAACUGAGAGCUCCAGUGAUAUCGUCCCAAUAAGACGACCUAGCGAACGAGCAGGGAACAGACAAGAGAAGGGGGCUUCGUUAUGGAAGAACUUGGAAACAAAUGAGUUGAUUGAAACGACUGUAGUUACCAAACAGGAGUUGAAGAAAGAGCAGGAACUCUCCAUUGCCGCAAGAGUGGAUCACCCUAAAACGCAACCAUCUCAAGAAACUAUAUUCAGAGAUACCAAAGGUCGUAAACUUACAGUUGAUGAGGUAAAAAGGAAACAGGAACGAGGAGAUAUUGAUUUGAGAGAAGAAGCGAGGCAGAAAGAAUUAAGGGAACUCAAUAUGGGAGAAGUACAACGGCUAUUAGGUAAAGGUGGUAAACCACCUAGCACUCAACAACGAUAUGUCAAAGAGCUGAACGAGGAAGAUCCCCUAAUGCAAAUUAAACAAGGAAAAAAAGCUAAGCAAUCAUUAGUUUCUUUAUUAGGAAGACGACUUUAUGCGAAGGAUUCACCUCCAAAUCGAUUUGGUAUCAUUCCAGGAUCAAGAUGGGAUGGCGUUGAUAGAUCAAAUGGAUUCGAGAAGAAGUGGAUCAACAAGAAGAGAGAAAUUGAAGAGAAGAAAUUGGAAGAUGGUCGAAACCCUCAAGAUGAUUACUAA